UGUUUCAAAUGCAGAACGUGGACGCGGUUGCGCGCACGUUCCAGAUCUGUAUGCACAGUGUCUGCGCGUCUUAUUGGCAGUCAUACGCGAGCAACUCUGACAGGCGCUAUGUCUACCGCUGGCUCCGCAAAUAACAACGGAGAUCCAUCGCUGAACGGGUCUUGGGUGGAACUGGAGAUGAACAGGAACGCAGGAAACCCCUCCCAACCGACCCACCUGACAGUACCCCCCGUCACCCCGGGCAACAGUGACCAUGGUGAGGGGCUGGGGCUGGGGCUGACUCAGGAGGAAGAGGAGAGCAUUACAGGUGGCCUGGAGCACGUGCCGUCCUCAUCCUCCAUCCAUAACGGGGACAUGGAGAAGAUCCUGCUGGAUGCACAACAUGAAUCCAGCCGUAGCAACUCUUCCUGUGACAGCCCCCCAAGGCCCCACAGCCCACAGGACGAGGGCCAGAUCACGUUUGACGUGGAGAUGUCCAGCAGGAGGGACAGCCAGUCAGAGGAGGAGGGCAUGGAGAAAGAGAGGGAUGAGGAUAUUCUGAUGAAAGGGUCUGACUGGGUGGUGGACUGGUCCAGUCGGCCUGAAAACAUUCCCCCCAAAGAGUUCCACUUCCGACACCCCAGACGCUCCGUGACGCUCAGCAUGAGGAAGACGGGAGUGAUGAAGAAAGGCGGGGUUUUCUCCGCCGAGUUCCUCAAAGUCUUCAUCCCCUCCCUGCUGCUCUCUCACAUCCUCGUGCUUGGACUCGGGGUGUACAUUGGGAAGAGACUGACCACGCCCCCCACCAGCUCCUUCUGAACAUGAAGAAAACAAGUGCCUGGGCUCCAUCAAGCUGUGUUGGAAAGAAUAUGUCACUUUGUAUUCAGAGUGCCCUCUCCCUAUCCCCCCUCUAUCUCCCUCUCUCUCUUUUUCUUUUUCUCCUUCACUCUCUCUCACUCUCCCUCCCUCCCUCUCUCUUGCCAUGGAGGUUGAUGUGGUUGUGGGUAAGGGGCCUUAGAGGGGGCGGGGUCUUAGAGAGGAAUGGGCGGGGUCUUAGAGAGGAAGGAGCUUUAGAAAUAGUGGGGUCCCACAGGGGGGUUCUCUCUAUAGUGCACCCCCCUCUCUCUAUCUCUCUCUUUCUGUUACUCUUCAUUUAUAGCGUCUUUUUUAUUUUUCGUCUCGUUUUGUUUCGCUGUCGUUGCCUGGCGCUGUUUCUGGGCGUGGCUGAGUGGCGGGUCCCUCACCUCAUGGGUCACAUCCGACGGACACCUGAGAUGCUGAGGGAAUGGAAUGUCUCUGUUGCCAUGGAGACUCAUUUCAGCGGACUUGCUCUGUCGUUGCAUGGAAAUGCAGAGGGAGUGUGGUUAUGGGGUGUGUUGUUGAGAUGCAGUGAGCCACACAUUCUUCAUACGCAGUGUCACUGUGUCAGAGAUGGGGGUGUGUGGUACUCUGGUUAUAGGGUGUGUUGCAGUGUCACUGUGUCAGGGAUGGGAGUGUGCUACUCUGGUUACGGGGUGUGUUGCAGUGUCACUGUGUCAGGGAUGGGAGUGUGCGGUACUCUGGUUAUGGGGUGUGUUGUCAGAGGUGCUGACGGUGAGGAGGGAGUCUGAUUUGAGGUCUAGCCUUGACCCAUUUGACCCUUAGACCCCAACAGUGAUCUUACCAUUAUUGGAAAGAAGAAAUCCCCAAAUUGGAAAUGUGAAUAUGCUCUGGUAUUAUUUUUGUUUGUUCUACUAUCAUCAUUAUUGUUAAUACUAUUAUUAUUACUAUUGUUCCUACAGUAUAUAUAUAACAUAUAUCAUUUUAGUUGGUGGCUUGUAUUGAUUCGAAAGCUUACCAAGGAAAAUUACAGUCUUUGUUACCAUGGAAACAUGUGUUUCAGGUUGUCCAUCAAAUCGAGUUGCAGGUCCAGCCAACAGGGGGCGUUGCAAAGAAAGUGGGCCACUGUGAGGUCUGUGCUGUUGCACUGAGCAGGGGAAUAAUGGAGGAUGCAGCUUAUUUGUCUACUCCCUUUUUUAUAGGAUAAAACAAUAUUAAACCAACGUGCUGUCCUGCAGAAAGGCUUCAGUGUUGUUUACUUUACUUUACCAAGAUUAUUCCCUUGUUUUGUUUGCUUUUAAAGUUGGAUCCUUUGUGAAAGAGGUUAUUUCAAGUCAGUUGUUUGUCUUGACCUUGGAGCAUAAAAUUGAGCGUGUUAUUGCAAGCCUGUUUUUCUUUUUGUGCUGAAGAAUGAGGAUGAGGCUGGUACGAGGGAGAGUCAGUUUGCGCGAGCUCUAAGCAGGAGGGGUUUGGUGAGGUGUACAGGGCUGCCGUGAUGCGUGUGUGCCUGAAGAGCUCCUGAGCGUGUGCGGGUGUCCUGGGAGAAAGUCUAACACAAUGGCCUCCUCUUUGCUGUGAAUGUGAAAUGCACCACACUCAGCGUACCUUCUGCUGCCCCCUUGGGCACGUAUUAGGCCUUCAGCUGAGACGUCUGCGAUACAGCUCCCCAGAGUGUGCAGCUUCUCACUGAUGGUGCUCAUGGGAAAUGUAGUUCAGGAGCGCCAGAUUAAUUGAGUGAACACCCUGGACCCAUUAGUAUUGUGGUGAGCCCAGGACUGUGGUAGAUAUGAUCAGGCCCUCUCUGAGGUUUCAGAGAUGUGACAGUAAAUGCUGUUUUCAUUUAUUUAUUUUGUGGGAUGGAGAUUGAAGGGGAGGACAGAAGAAGAACACUACUUUCCUUGGUGAGAAAUCAGUCUUUUUUCUUUCUUAAACAAGUAGCUGGCAGCCCUGCUUGUCCUCCAGAAUGAAUGGGGACAGUUCACACUGUUGCUAUGGCUACCAUCCAGUCACUGCUCAAACAUUUACCAAAUAAAUCAGAUGGUUUGUUUUAUAUUUGUUUGAUAUGAUAUAAAUAUAUUUCAAGAUUAGGGCCUGUGUUGAAUUUAACCAAUUGUUUUAAAAUGCAUUAUGUGCCAAUAUUGAGCGGGAUUUAGGCUGGGUCAGCUGUGCGUCUGCUUAUGGCUGCUGUAGAGAGCCGUGAACACAGCUAUCAAAGUGUCCCUGGAGAUUUUCCCUGGAGACAAUUCUGUUUAACUUUACUGUUUUCUACCAGUGUGAUUGAACCACAAGCUCCUUUUCAACCACGUUUUGGCUCCCACUGUGGCCCUGACUUUUUAUUUUGUUUUGUUUUAUUUUAUUUCUUGUUCCUGCAUGUCAUCUUACUCCGAUAAGAUAGAUUAAAUUUACAGUUGCUUGGCGAGAUGAACUGGCUAAAUCCUCGAUUUCAUCUGGAGGAAAGGUAUAACAGAGCCAGGUGAAGACUUUCCAACAUAAGUAAUAAUAAUAGCACUAAUGAUAAACGCAUUCUUUGUUUCUGUGUUGUUAUUUUUGUUUUGUUUUUUCCCCCUCAAUUUGGAAAAAAAAAUAACUUGACAUUAAAAUUUUCAAUGCAUCAAAAUGCCCCAAAGUGGAGGUCUUUUUUUAUUUUAUUUUUUAUUUAUAUUUUUAAAACAUUUUGUGCAUUUCUGUGUUUGCGAGUCCAUUGUGUGACUGAGAGGUGAGAUUAACAUGCUCCAGGGAUUUCGUUACGGAGAGGGAUUAGUCUCAAUAUUAUUGACAAAUGUAUGCAUCAUGAUCCAUAAAUAAGAGACAAGCCCCAAGUGUGUUUUACUGUCUACCGCCCAAUCAGCACCACAGAAAGACUGCCAUCUAUUUGUGUGUGGAUCAUGGCACAGGAACCGCGAGAGCAAUGUCUCAAAAUAAAAAAUAAAAAUAAAAAGGAAACUGUGGCAUUUGUGUUGCUGAAUGCGCACGUGUGACUCGACUGCCAGUGCAGAUUCAGCACUACACUGGCCAUUUUUACACUGUCUGUCUAGAAUGUGUUAUUGCACGAAAUACACGUGGAAACUGGAAACAUAUUUUUGUUUUUCAUGUACAAAGCAUGAGGUAUUUGUGCAAAAGGAAAAAUAUGUAUUCACGAAUAUGUUUGCAUUUGUACAAAUCAGUGCACAUUCAUUUAAAAGACAAGUUGUUAGAUAUUUGUGUGUGGAUAGUAAAACAGAUUUGUGACUUGUCCUCUUAUUUAUGGAUCAUGAAAGACACAUUUGUCAGCUACAAUUUAGCCUGGAAAAUGGCAAGCUUCAUUGGGCUGAUUGGCCUGUUCUCGUCAUUAUGUUAUAUAUUAAUAUUGAGUCUAAUCUCUCCAUAAUUCUGCUGCUAAAUCUGCAAUCUGAAAUUAAGCAGCUGAUCUGAAAUGUGGGUCAGCAUGCGCCCUUUUUUUUACACUUUUGUUAUUUGUAUUCUGCAGGGGCAUGACGGGCCCCUCUCCGUACUCCAUAUUUACCCUUUCAGUGUGCAGCCGGUGGAGUCCAGGAGCAUCUUCUGAUGUAAUAACCUGAUUAACCCUGGAUCCGUUUCCCCAGCAGAGAGAGAGGGAGAAAGACCUCAGAUCACUGUCUGUUUUCUGUAUAUUUGUGAAAAUGUGUUGAAAAUGCCUUGGCUGAGAAAUCCCCGUAUUCCUGAUACUGAGAGUCCCCCAUUCUGAGCGUGAAUGUAUUUGAAAGUGUGUGUGUGUGUGUGGGCGCGCACAUGUAUGUGUGCGUGUGUGCAUGCGUACGCGCGUGCGUGCGUGUGCGUGCGUGGGUGCGCGCGUGUGUGUGCAUGUGUGUGUAGCUCUCAAAGCUUCGCUACGGCACUGCGAGUCUGGGCCGCUUUUCGCUGUGCUUCAGAUGCGUUUGCGUCCUCUAGAUCGUGUAAAACAAUGCAUUCUCUAGCUGUCUCUUAAGAAACGCGAUUGUGUCACUCAUUUACGCCCACACUGUCACGUUCAUGUAAGAAAAUACGAGCAGUGAUUCCAAGGCCGACAAGAAUCAGAUCCAGAUCUCCUUUGCUGAAGACUUCUUAAUGCAGAAUCUCGGUGUUGCACAUUCAGGUCAGCCAAACGCGUAGCGCACCGAUUGUGUGUACAGAAUGCCGUUCCAUGUUUGCAUCGCUUUCUCUGGCGGUUAUUAAGCAACAGGCGUAUACCGAGCUUCCCCCCAAGGGACAAAUUUUCGCUGACCAGCAGUUCCGCCCAAUCCGGAAAACCGACUCUGCACUUUCUCGCCAAUAGUAACGGGUAACACGCCCCCCUCAAGGUGCAGUGGAAGAGUGGCAGAGCGACUGACUGGGAGCCUGCUAACAGCGCUUUCUACACUUCCUGCUGCUUAGAGCUGGAAAGGAGCCGGUAAUGGCCACGUUUCCUCCUUAUGAAAAUUUAAAAUCGUUUUAUCAGCUCCUGCGACCCCAGGGAUGUGCAUUCCCGGCACAAAAACAGACUUACUGUACAUGGCCUGAACAUAAAAUUAUCUCUAUUCUCCUUUUGUCAUCUGUGAGGUCACGGUUAAGUCUCCACUUCUUCUAGUCAAUGUCGCGUGAUAAAAAUAAUUCAUUAAAAAAAAACA